GUUAAAAUGUCACUUUGCAUAAUGUGUUACUUCAUUUGUGCAGACAAAGAAGAGAUGAGGAAGCCCAAGAAAAAGAGCGUGACCGUCUGUGGCUACCCACUGAGCAUCUUUUUCAUUGUGGUCAACGAGUUCUGCGAGCGUUUCUCCUACUAUGGCAUGCGAGCCGUGCUGGUGUUGUACUUCAAAUACUUCUUGAAGUGGGAUGAUGACUUUGCCACCACCAUCUACCACACAUUUGUGGCUCUCUGCUACCUGACACCCAUCCUGGGAGCCAUCGUGGCUGACUCAUGGCUCGGCAAGUUCAAGACCAUUGUUUACCUGUCCAUCGUUUAUGCGCUGGGACAGGUUGUCUUGGCAGUAAGUGCUAUCCAUGACAUCACAGAUACAGACAAGGAUGGCACCCCCGACAACAUGACCUUCCACAUAGCUCUGUCCAUGGUGGGUCUGCUCCUCAUUGCACUCGGCACAGGAGGCAUCAAACCCUGCGUGGCCGCCUUUGGUGGAGACCAGUUUGAGGAGCAUCAGGAGAAGCAGAGAAGCACCUUCUUCUCCAUCUUCUACCUGUCCAUCAACGCCGGCAGUCUGCUGUCCACUGUCAUCACCCCCAUCCUCAGAGCUCAGGAGUGUGGCAUUCACACGCAGCAGAAGUGCUACCCGCUGGCCUUCGGUGUCCCCGCUGCUCUCAUGGUGGUCGCUCUGAUCGUGUUCAUCGUUGGAAGUGGGAUGUACAUUAAGAACGACCCUCAAGGCAACAUCUUGGUCAAAGUCUGCAAAUGCAUUGGGUUUGCCAUCAAGAACCGCUUCAGGCAUCGUGGUCCUGAGCACCCGAAGAGAACCCACUGGAUGGACUGGGCUGAGGAGAAAUAUGAUAAACUCCUGAUUGCGCAGGUGAAGAUGGUGCUGAAGGUGCUUUUUCUCUACAUCCCUCUGCCCAUGUUCUGGGCUCUCUUUGACCAGCAGGGCUCCAGAUGGACCCUCCAGGCAACCACCAUGGACGGCGACUUUGGACUUCUCACAAUCCAGCCCGAUCAGAUGCAGACCGUCAACCCUAUCUUGAUCCUGGUUUUGGUGCCGAUCAUGGACAGUCUGAUCUACCCACUGAUUACCAAGUGCAAAUUAAACUUCACUCCCUUGAAGAGGAUGACUGUUGGGAUGUUCCUUGCUGCUCUGGCGUUUGUUUCCGCCGCCCUGGUCCAGAUACAAAUAGAUAAAACCCUGCCGAAGUUCCCAUCAAACACUGAGGGCCAGGCCAAGUUCAUCAACAUGGUUAACACACCACUGAAUAUCAAAGCUGGAAGCAACGAGUUCACGCUGCAGCCUUUCACGGCUAAUGACGAUUACCUGACCUUUGAUAAACCGUUUAUACUGGAUCUUGGAGGUGAAAACACUUAUAUUACUGGUUUAGUGGCCGGCAAUCGCAGCACUGUAGUCAUUAUUAAGGAUGGGCCCCUGCCUAGGCCCAUAGGGUUCCAGGACAUCAAAAAAAAGCCGGAACAGGGCGCUAAUUCAAUCAGAUUUUUUAAUGGUUUCAACUCCGUUUUGAACGUAACAGUCAAUGACAAGAACUUCAUGGACAUCGACAUCAACAACAUGUCAUCCUAUGAGAAUGUGCCACGGGGACUUGCAAAGUUCCACAUCUGGGGCGCCGCUGGAGAGGAGUGCGUCUACAGUCAGGAGCUGGGCUUCGGCAGCUCUUACACCUUGAUCAUCCCGCCAACUUUCAGAUUUGGACAAAAUUGUGAGCAGAGCAUCCGCUCAGUGGAGGACAUCAAACCAAACACCAUCCACAUGGCCUGGCAGAUUCCUCAGUAUUUCCUCAUCACUGCGGGGGAGGUGGUCUUCUCCGUCACUGGCCUGGAGUUCUCCUACUCACAGGCACCCAGCAACAUGAAGUCUGUGCUGCAGGCUGGUUGGCUGUUAACCGUUGCCGUAGGUAACAUCGUUGUGCUCAUUGUGGCCGAGGCUGCAACACUCCCAGAUCAGUGGGCCGAGUACAUCCUCUUUGCCUCUCUGCUGGUGCUGGUGUGCUUCAUCUUUGCCUUCAUGGCGUAUUUCUACACCUACAUCGACCCGGCUCAGAUCGAAGCAGAGUUUGCCCAACAGGAACCUGAAGAGAAGGAGAAGAGGAGGAGCAUGGAGAUGUCCAAGAAGGACUCGGUUGAGAACUACAGAGAGGACAGGAGGAGCUCUGACUCCAGCUCUGACGAGGAGGAGCCCAAACAGACCAAAAUCUAAAGCGAACAUCCUCUACACCAUUUGUAUAAAUGCUGCUUGGUUCUGCGUUUCAUGUCCAUGGUUAUGGCCGACAGUGAUCGAGAAGAAUCUUGGCAGGGAUAAUUCAAACACUAUCAUCCCCAU